UGCGGCGCGGGCGUGGGCACUGCGGCCGCCUCUCUCUCCUCGCGUGCCCAGCGUCCAUCCUUUCCGYGGACCCACACCCGCAGGCCGCCGGGGGGCGGGGGAUGCCGGGCUGCCGCAUCAGCGCCUGCGGCCCAGGGGCUCAGGAAGGGACGGCAGAACCGGGGUCCCCCCCGCCGCCGCCCCGGGAGCCCCUGUCGUCCCUUCAGCCCCCGCCCCCAACUCCGACCUUGACCCCGACCCCAGCUCAGUCCCGGCCGCUGCCGGAGGCGGCCCAGGCGUCAGCUGCGCAGGCCGAGGGUCAGGAACUGCAGCGCUGGCGCCAGGGAGCUAGUGGGGGCGCUGGGGUCACCGGGGCGACAGGGGGCGCCGGCGGUGGCUCGGGAGCUGCGGCGGGGGCUGGGGGCCGCGCGCUGGAGCUGGCCGAAGCGCGGCGGCGGCUGUUGGAGGUGGAGGGCCGCCGGCGGCUGGUGUCGGAGCUGGAGAGCCGCGUGCUGCAGCUACACCGAGUCUUCCUGGCCGCCGAGCUGCGCCUGGCGCACCGCGCAGAGAGCCUGAGCCGCCUGAGCGGCGGCGUGGCGCAGGCCGAGCUCUAUCUGGCGGCGCACGGGUCGCGCCUCAAGAAGGGCUCGCGUCGUGGCCGCCGCGGCCGCCCUCCGGCGCUGCUGGCCUCUGCUCUCGGCCUGGGGAGCUGCGUGCCCUGGGGCGCCGGGCGGCUGCGGCGCGGCCACGGCCCCGAGCCCGACUCGCCCUUCCGCCGCAGCCCGCCCCGCGGCCCCGCUUCCCCCCAACGCUGAGCUCAGGCUCCCGGACCCCUGGCCACCCAGGACAGGCCAUCACCGAGGUGCCAACCAACGGAUUGAGGAUGCMGGCAGGAUGGAUGUUGUCACCUAUGCUGAUGAACAGACUGACCCACGACAGGAAGAGACAGACUGGGGGCCAGGAGCCCAGUAAAGGAGGCUGAGCUCCUCCCAGCUCCUCAGAGCCUCUACUCUAUGGAUCUGAACUCCUAGAUUCUGCUCCUUCCCUGGACACCUUCAGGAAGACUUUGAGAAUUGUCCCUACCUGACCUCAGUGCCCUCCUGUCUGGAGCCACCACUUCACCAUGGCAAAGGGCUGGGUUCUGGGGAACUUGCCCACACACUAUGAAUUUCUCUACAUGCACCACAUUUGGCUUUGCUCUGUAUGAUUGAAGAUGRUAACACAGGGCCCUGAGAUGCAAUCAGAUUAUUUGAGAGUGUAGCAAACAUUUUCAAAGUGACAACAAAAAGGACCUCUCUUUAAAGGUAGAGUCAUCGUUCUUAAGUCACAUAACAGCUGGAGUCCCCAUCUGGUAGAUAUCAGUUGCUUCUGAAUCUGAUGUUUGAGGGAAAACCCUGGUCGGAGAAAUGCCUGUUUCCCUGCCCACUGUCCUCUUCUCCCCAUAUGAGGGUGUGCCUGGGGCCCCUCAAGACAAUCAGCUGCUGCCUCCCAGGGGACACACCCCUUUCUCUGGAAGAGGUAGUGGCAACAUAAAACUCCUAAGCAACAUUUUAAAUACAAGAAGACUAUAUAUUUAUUCAUAAAGUAUCCUGCUAAAGAGGGAAAGUGCACAUUUAUUCACAUACAGCUCAGAACUUGUAAAAUUCUGCAAGUAAAUGGAUAUUGAAUCAGUCCCCUGACAUAUGCAUUCAGGAAGAAUAAAUUUCAAUAAUAUGAGGCCAAGGUGUGUGGUU